AUGGGCCUCAUCAAGACUGGCUUGACUCUAGCUGGUGGCUAUGGCCUUAUCAAGGCUGCGUCAAAGGCUGUCAAUGACUACGAAGUUAAAAAGCAGCGGCGUUCAAACCAGCCUCAAAACCAGCAUCAACAACAAUACCCUGGCCAUGAGCCACAGAUGGGCUAUAUGCAAGGGAACCAGACAUACCAUAAUGCUUCUCAACCGCAAUGGUCCUCGUCGACCGAGCCUCAGUACCACCACGGGAACCAUACCAGCAACAAUCUUUCCCGAGAGGUACACCCCCGCAUUGUUGGAGACAAUUCGAGGAGCUAUGCGAAGGCGCCUCCUCCAUAUUAUCAGGGUCAGGUUUUUGAGAGGCAGGGUGAUGCCCAGCCUGGGUCGGCCCAAGAAUACUAUUCUGGAAAGAAAUUAUGA